AUGACAGCUCCGAUGAUCCUUGGCGCCAUGUGGGCGUGGGGUGCAGGCGACAAUGCCAUCGCAUCUCGUUAUGGAACUGACUACAAGCCGGUUGAACUCCCUGAGAAACCAUCUUACUCUCCUGAGAAGGACGUCACCUUGCUUGUUCCGACCAUCGACACUCCUGACACCUUUCCUAAGUCAAUGCGCACCUGGCUCGCCAACAACCCUCUCCAAAUCGUGAUUGUCACUACAGCUGAUUACUUCAAUCAUGUCGUCAACCUACUUAAGGAUUUUGACGAUGAGAUCAAAUCGGGCAAGAUCACAAUCGCAGUUUCCGCCAAGCCUGGUAAGCGCGAGCAGCUGAAGACUGGUAUCCCCCUUGCCAAGGGCAGGAUCCUUGCAUUGAGCGAUGAUGACACCUAUUGGGGCCCCAAGUUCUUGAAGUACAUGCUUGCCUGUUUUGAGAAUCCUCACGUGGGUGGAGCUGGUGGCGCCCAGAGCGCCCAUGUUCUGCCAGAGCAUCAGGACGAGAAUGUCAUCAACAAAUGGGAGGUGGCCUCGAUCCGCAUCCUCGAUCGUCGCAAUAACGGUCAAGUCUCCAGCUAUGCCGCUGAUGGCGGCGUCUUCAUUCUGGCCGGCCGUUCUGUUCUCUUCCGAACCGAGAUCUUGCAUGAUCCUGAGUUCCUUCACAAGUUCACUCAUGAUUACUGGCGUGGCAAGUAUCUGCUGGAUUCUGGUGACGACACCUUCAUCACCCGUUGGCUGCAGGAGAAGAACUGGAAGAUUGUCAUUCAAUCUCGCCCUGAGACUGAGAUUCAGACCGGCAUUGCCACUGAUCGCAAGUUCCUGGGCCAGUUGAUCCGCUAG